AUGGCCAACAAAAUUGUUAAAUUUGAUAAAUCGGUAACAAAUGUAAACACGCAGAUUAAAGAUGUUGAAGGGGUCAUUACAAAUGAUGAAAUCAAGGAAAGUGAUAUUAAGAAAAUGUACAGAAUUGGCAAAAAAGGUGACAACCCACGUCCGAUGUUGAUUGAGUUUAAAGAAAAGUCUAUGAAAAACAUGAUAAUGGAAAAUUGUUUGAGGAUGAAACAACUGAGUGAUGAAUUAAAAAAUGUAAGCAUAAGCCAUGACUUCACUAAAGAACAGCGUGAGAAAUGUAAAAAACUGGUAGCUGAAGCAAAAGAUAAACAGAAACAGGAGUCGGGGGAAUUUUUGUACAGGCAUACUAGCUCUGAUUGUGCGUCUAUGGUUUUCAACUCUUCUGGUAAUUUCAAUAAAAUUAAGGUGGGUCUGUUAAACAUUAGAUCUUUUGGUCCAAAUGUUGAUAAUGUUUAUGAGCUGCUCAAUGAUGGCUUGGAUGUUUUGAUACUUACAGAAACUUGGCAUAAAUCAUCUGAUAAUAUUUGUCUUAGUUUGGCAAAGCCACGUGAUUUUAUUUUUUUGGAACAAGUUAGGCUAAAUGAUCCUGGACAUGGUGGUUUGGUAACGUAUUUCAGAAACAACUAUAAAUGUGUAAAAAUUCCUUUGCCAGUGAUAAUUAUAUUUGAAGCGAUAUGUUUUAAAUUGACAUUACGGAAAACUUCAGUAAUUUUUUUGGUGAUUUAUAGGCCAGGUUCUGCUCCUCCUGCUAAAUUAUUUUUUGAAGAAUUAAUUUUAGUUUUAGAACAAAUCACACUUUUAUGUUGCAGCAUUGUAGUUGCAGGUGACUUCAACAUACACGUAGAAACUUUGUCAGAUAUAUAUGCAACAGCCCUUGCUGAUAUUUUCUCUAGUUUUGAUCUAGUCAAUAGAAUUAAUCAGUCCACCCAUGUGCUUGGUUGCCACAUCGGAUGGUUUGCAUAG